GGGCACCUAAAAAGAUGCAAGCCCUGCCCAAAGUGAACUGAACUGUGCUCCCGUCAUAUUUUGUUAGUGCAUUUGUUUAUAUAAAUAAUAAAUAGGAAGAAAUCAAGUAUUCCAUUGCUCAGUCAUGACCACCCAAGAUAUCGUUGCGAUUGUCAAAACUGAAAAUGAAGAGGAAAUCAAAGCGUUCAUGGAGAAAAUGGAUUUCGAGAACGAAACAUCUGCUUCAAUAAAGCAGGAAUACAAUGUGACCUGUGCAAAUCCGGUGACAAACGUAUCACUGAAAGAAGAUGAAGUUGCGCGUUAUCUUCCUGCAGUUGAAAAGAAACACACUGUUUCUAAAAAUUUUAUUUGUGAUCAGUGUAAUUAUACCGCGCAUUUUAAGUCUUCGUUAAAGCGUCAUCUUGUAAGUCACAGUAAUUCCAAACGAUUUCAAUGUGACCAGUGUAAUUUUGCAACAAAAUGGAAGGAGAACUUGAAAAAGCACCUUUUAACACACCUCGACACCAAAAAACGAGAAAAAAGCCUGAAGUGUGACCAGUGUAAUUACGCCACGCAUAUUCGAUCUGCUUUAAAGUGUCAUCUUUUAAGGCACACCGUUUUCGUUUUUAAACAGUUUCAGUGUGGCCAGUGCAAUUUUGCAACGAAAUGGAAGGAGAGCUUUAAGAAUCAUCUUCUUCAACACGCCUCCACUUCCAAGGACUUUAAGUGUGAUCAGUGCAGUUAUGCUACAAACAAUAAGAUACACUUAAAGGCUCACUUUUUAACUCACAAAGUUCUUAAAGAUUUUAAUUGUGACCGGUGUAAUUACUCCACAAAUUACAAGAGGAACCUGGAGCGUCAUUUUUUAACGCACACCACCACCUCGACCACUAUUUCCAAAGCCUUUAAGUGUGACCUGUGUAAUUACGCAACGAAUACUAACGGCAACUUAAAGAUUCACUUUCUAACACACAAAAUUUCCAAAGAUUUCAUUUGUAAUCAGUGCGACUAUGCCGCACACAAUCAAUAUAUUUUAAAGCGUCAUCUUUUAACACACAACAGUUCCAAACAGUUUCAUUGUGGCCAGUGCAAUUAUGCAACAAAGUGGAAGGGGAACUUAAAGAUUCAUUGCUUAAACCUCCAUUCCACUUCAAAAGACCUUAAAUGUGACCAAUGCGAUUACGCUACAAACAAUAAGGAUUACUUGAAGGUUCACUUUUUAACUCACAAGGCUUUCAAAAAGUUCUUUUGUUGUCAUUGUAGUUUUACCACAAAUUAUAAACGAACCUUAAGGAAGCAUCUCGCCACACACAACACAUUGAAACACUUACUUUGAGUAUGUAUAUACUUUGUUGCCUUAGUUCAAGUUCAAUAGAAGAUUGUUAGUUUGUAA